UGUAGUUUAUUCAAAAGAAGUUGGAUGUUUCUCCUACCUAAGUAGUUCUCAAGGACAUUGCGUUGUACAAUACCUACACAGCCUUUACACUAAUAGGUAGCAAAUCUUCACGAACCACUAUUUUUAAGGGGCAAACUAGCUACACUAUUACAGAUCCGAACCGAAUUCCGCUGCAAACGCAUCCACCGACCCGGCAGGAGCGAAUCUCCAACUCCUCAUUAAAUUCCGAGACACGCAAAUCAUACAAUUCUCCGUCAACCAACACGCAGCAAGCCACCCAAGCAAGGGAACCUCUAUAAUCCGGAUCCUGAAAGUCCGAGCGCCCCAACGCAACAAGAAGAUUAAGAAAAAGCAAGAGUAAUACCCUCUCCUCAAAGCUUGGAAAUGUCUAGCACCGCAGAGACCAACCCCUCUCUGCAGCAGUGGCGUGUGACGGAGCCGUACCUGAACCUGCACUGCGGGCUCGGCGAGGGCCCGUACUACGAGGCUGCAACGCACCACCUGCGCUUCGUCGACAUCAAGAAAAAGCGCGUGCACAUCGCCGACCUCUCCAAGUCCGAGCCCAAGUCCGCGGUUGAGACCAUCCAGCUCAACACCCCGGUCACGGUCACAGCGGACAUCGACGGAGUUGAUCCUCGCGAGCGCAUUGCCAUCGGCGCCAAGUACGGCGUCGCGGUGCUGGACCGCCGUUCCGGAAAGUAUGAGUACGUCUCACGCUUCAGCUCUGCGAGAGAUGACGGUAGCGACGACGAGCGCAUACGCAGCAAUGAUGGCGCUGUUGAUCCUCACGGCCGCUUCUGGCUCGGGACCAUGACCGACAUCGGUCUAGACCUACGACCCGAAGGCUCUCUGUUCCUCUUCGACGGCCGCACGCGCGCGGCGCGCACGGUGCGGCACCCGGUCACGAUCCCGAACUCGAUCGGGUGGUCGCCGGACGGGCGGACGCUGUACUUCACGGACUCGGUGGCGCGCACCGUGUUCGCGCGGGACUACGACCGGGAGACCGGCGACGUGUCCGACGAGCGCGUCUUCUACCGGCACGACGGGCCGGGCGAGCCCGACGGCCACCGCGUCGACGUCGAGGGCAACCUGUGGCAGGCCGUCUACGGCGAGGGCCGCGUGCUCAAGAUCUCGCCUGCGGGGAAGCUGGUCGGCGAGAUCAGGCUGCCGACGAAGAACAUCACAUGCCCCCAGUUCGUCGGGACCGAGCUGUAUAUCACGACGGCGGGGAUGGAGAAGGAUGAGGGUACGGCUGAGGAGGUCGAGCUUAGCGGCGCGUUGUUCAAGGUCGAUGUUGGUGUGAAGGGUUUGGAGCCGAACUUGUUCAAGUUGAACUAGGGUCAUUAGUUCAGUACCUUGAUUCUUUUUUUGGAGCAGCGAUAGCAUCGUUUAAAAGGACAUCGAGGUUCGGCCGUUGGGUUGCUAAGAUGGGAAACAGGAACCAGCAUUGGACUUCAUUUAUACACCUACCUAGGUAACUUUCACGCUCGAGACUUACCUAUGCGGUCGUUCAUAGGUACACAAGGUCGACACAACCAAAAUCAAUAAAACGUUAGAACA